AGCGGCUGCAUAAACUGCCAACGCAUAUGCGGAAUUUGCAUCAGUGGUACCUUGAUGCGUGCAAGGAGAACACAAGUUACAUCGUGGCGGAUAUCCCAGAAGAUUAUUACUUCCGAAAGGAGGAGAUCCAUAUUGAGAUGAAUGAACUCUGGCAGUUAUUCAAUUUAGACGCCCUCGACAAAUCUCUCAUGAGUUGCUACUGCUUACUGAAGAUCAUUGAAUGCAGAAGUAAUAAGAUGUUCAAUGUUGGGUUUGUUGACCCAGAUAAAGUACAUCAUGACACGGUAAAGAAUAAUGUCGAAGAAACGGGGGGAAACCUACUAAGGUUUAUAGGGGAGCAAAGCUUCUGUGAUUCAAUACUGUUUCCUUACAACUACAGUUUCCACUGGAUUCUGCUAAAUAUUCAAGUUGAUAAGGGAAUAGUUGAAGUAAGGGACCCAUUGAGUAGAGGCCUGGACGGGUUCCGCGACUUGCAGAAGAUUCUCCAGACGUAAUUUCAAUCAUUGCCGCGCUAUAUCUUUCGUGAGAUAUCAAUUAAUUAUCCACUCAUUCAAUCAUUCUUUUGCCUGGCAGGUGUUGGA